CUUUUUUCCGGCGAAUGGAAAACAAGAAAGCCUCCUAAACCAAUCAGUGCCUUUUUUCUUCUAUGUGAAAAAGAACUUUCCUGCGAAAAUCAUUUCAUGCCAACCUCUCUUGCGGUCCACGCACCAAUUUCUAAAGUCCAUACCAAAUGUUCCAAAAAGUCUAAAAUCCGCGUAAUAAUAAAUCAGAUUUAUUAAUCACCUUUUUAUUAUACUACUAUUUUGUUCUCCAAAUCUUUCCAUCAGAUAUUCUUCGUUUUCCUCAGCUCCAUCGUCGCCUCUAUCACGACUUCUCAACACCAGUCACCAGCUGCCCUCUUUCUUCUAUAUAUCCUCGAUUUUUUCGAAGUCAUAAUUCCUUUGAAUUCUGGGUUUCUGUUCUCUGUUUUUGUCUCCCCUUUAAAUCUGUGUACUGUGUAGCUGAGGAAAGAGGAAAAAAGAGGAAGAGGAAUAUAAUGAAGAAUAAGAACAAUGGGAAGGUUUCUGUCACUUGGAUUCCUAUUUUCUCCAUUUCUUUCUUCUUCAUCGGCAUGAUUUUCACCAACAAAUUCUGGGGUCCUUUGGAAUCCAAUAAUCUUCUCAUAACUCAGCAAAGGAGGAACCAAGAGCUUCAGAUCGUGUCCGAAGACUGCGAUACUAAGAAAAAGAAUGCUGCAGAUGAAGACAAGGAUGUAAUGAAAGAAGUGUACAAAACCCACGAUGCAAUCCAGUCGUUGGACAAGUCGAUUUCUAUGCUUCAGAUGGAAUUAUCUGCUUCUAGAAGUGCUCAGGCCAAGGGGAAAGAUGAUGGGUCAACACCAGUUUCUAGUGAAGGGCCUCCAAGGAAGAAGGCAUUUAUGGUGAUUGGUAUAAAUACUGCUUUUAGCAGUAGAAAGAGGCGUGAUUCGGUCCGAGAGACUUGGAUGCCUCAAGGGGAGCAGCUUAAAAAACUGGAGCAAGAGAAGGGGAUUGUUGUGAGAUUUAUGAUUGGACAUAGUGCAACAUCAAAUAGCAUAUUGGACAGAGCUCUCGACUCUGAAGAAGCUCAACACCAGGACUUUCUCAGACUGGAUCAUAUCGAAGGAUAUCAUGAACUAUCUGCGAAAACAAAGACUUUCUUUGCCACUGCUGUUGCAAGGUGGGAUGCUGAUUUUUAUGUCAAAGUUGAUGAUGAUGUUCAUGUUAAUCUGGGUACAUUUGCCGCAACUCUUGCCCGUCACCGUUCGAAACCCAGAGUUUACAUUGGUUGUAUGAAAUCUGGACCAGUUUUAGCUCAAAAGAAUGUUAAGUAUCACGAACCAGAAUACUGGAAAUUCGGAGAAGAAGGAAAUAAGUACUUCCGGCAUGCAACUGGGCAGAUUUAUGCUAUUUCCAAGGAUUUGGCCACCUACAUCUCGAUUAAUCAGGACAUUCUGCACAAGUACGCCAAUGAAGAUGUGUCUCUUGGUGCUUGGUUUAUUGGUCUUGAAGUCGAGCACAUUGACGAGCGCAAUAUGUGCUGCAGUACUCCACCAGAUUGCGAGUGGAAGGCACAAGCGGGAAAUGUAUGCAUUGCUUCUUUCGACUGGAGCUGCAGUGGAAUCUGCAAGUCUGUGGAGAAGAUGAAAUUCGUACACGAACAAUGUGGGGAAGGAGAAGAGGCUCUCUGGAAUGCUUUACUAUGAUAAUACAGUUCAUUUAAAAAUGUGUAUUAAAGAGAAAACCAUAAAACUCCCCCAUUUUCAGCCAUCAGAUUCGAACCACACGAUGGCCAGUGAAGGGUUUUCUCAAAUUUAUUAAAGCUAAUCAACUCUUUCUUUUGAUCUUUUGUACAAAAUGCUGUUGGAAUUGAGCUGAGCCUGAGUAGACGAAGUUUGUCCUAACUGAAAUCAUUCUUCGUAUAUAGAAAUUUCGAUACAUGCUCAUAUAUAUCUAGAUAUUCUGGAUUAUGCAGUGUAUUUGUUUUUGACAGUAAUAGGAACACACAUUUAGCUGGCUACAUAAUUUUCUCUUCCAUUCUUGUUCAUCAUNUUUGU